AUGGAUUCAAGGAAUCAAUGUAACCAGUACUCUGGUUAUGUUAACCUUCUUAGCAGUCAAGAACAGAAUGUGGGUGACGGAAACUUUCCUUAUGAAAGUUUUCCUUCUAGUGUAAACUUUGGAGCUCCAUCCCAACCCUCUGAAAUCCCUCUGUUCAGUCCCCAACAAAGUGAGGCUCCAUCACAACCUGGUGACAUAGUAGUGGAGCGUCGGGAGAGAAGGAAAUGGACUCCAUUCGAUGACGAGCUUCUCAUAAGCGCGUGGCUAAACACAUCAAAGGAUGCUGUUGUUGGAAAUGAUCAAAAGUCACUCACCUUCUGGAAACGAGUGGCAGAGUAUUACGGAGAAAGUGCUGAGAAGAGACCGCAUCAACACUGUAAGUCGCGUUGGCACAAAAUCAAUGAGCACACGAACAAGUUCUGUGGCGCUUUCGCGCUUGCAGAGAGACAGCAGAGCAGCGGUCAGAACGACAAUGACGUUCUAAAGGCGGCUCGCGACAUCUACUACAAUGAUCAGAAGACGCGGUUUACCCUUGAGCAUUGCUGGUGCUUGUUGAGGUUUGAACAGAAAUGGUGUUCCCUCAACACUCCUAAAUCUACUAAGAGUUCAAAGAGAAAGGCUUGUGAGGCCGGUUCUCAAUCUUCAAACACCAAUGUUCCUGAGCCUGAGAUCAGGCCUGAAGGUAUCAAGGCGGCAAAAGCAAGAAGGGCUAAAGGAAAGAGUAUUGAGGACUACAAGACCAUGUGGGGGCUGAAGCAAGAAGAUUUGGUGAAGAAGGAGAAACUGUCGAAGCUGGCCAUACUAGACACACUCCUUGCUAAAAAGGAGCCACUUAGUGAGGCUGAAGAAACUGCGAAGAAUAAAAUCCUGGCCGAGUUUUUCUAG